CGGAAAGAUCCGUUGCGACGCCUGGUUCGGCAUUGCCUACGUGUUGAGCCGCACCAUCGCACGGAUCAUUGCUUCGCAGUCUUCACCCUUACUGACGCCAUGCGCCCACUGAGACGACUUGACGUCUUGCCCGCAUUCCUUCUAUCUCUCAUCUAUUCCUGGAUAGCGAAUGGCGAAUUCAUCCGCCCGCGGCCAAAUCCUUUGAAGCAGGUCCUGGAGCAUACGCCAGUGAAUCAGCCCUCCGAAACUUGCGCUAAGCUCCGAUUGAAAGGACCUAUAGAAACCACACAUUGUGAUUAUGAGACUGUGGAAAGCGUGAAUGACGAACUGGUAUCGAAUCUAAGCGCUCUGGUUCGGAAACCAUUCUUCAGAUACUAUAAGGUUGAUUUAUAUCGGGAAUGCCCGUUUUGGCGAGAAAAUGGCUUUUGCAUGCAUCGCACUUGUGGAGUGACGUCCAUAGAUGAAAGUCAAGUACCAAGGGAGUGGAGAGCUGAAGCACUUAGCCAAGUACGAGGAGCCCAAGAAGGCAUUGUGAGACUUCCGGGAUGCUUUUAUAAAAAUUCGGAUUUCUGUUUCCUCGACGAUAACGAAGGAGGAGAGUAUGUCGACCUUACUGAAAACCCCGAAGGUUUUACUGGAUACGCUGGCGCAUCUGCUCAUCGAAUAUGGGGCUCGAUUUAUAACGAAAAUUGCUUUGGCUUAUCAGAAGCGACCCUUCUCCAACGUGCUGAAAUGUCGCGAUUUGAUCGGUCCCCUGCCAGCAUACUCGGACUGAGUCGUUUACCGGCAACAGCAGAUGAAGGGUGUCUGGAGAAGCGAGUAUACUACCGCAUCAUAUCUGGCAUGCAUGCAUCAAUAUCAAUUCACAUUUGUCACCGGUGGUUCAAUCAGACUACGGGAGUAUGGGGCCCAAAUCUGCAAUGCUUCGCUAAUCGUAUAGCACUGCACCCUGAACGUCUUCAACACCUUUACUUCAACAACGUUCUCCUUUUGCGUGCUGUUUCUCGUGUUGGUCCAUACCUAUCCGCUUAUAGUCUAGAUGAUGAAGAGAAAGGCGCAGAUGAGCUCCUCGAUAAUGUGUUAAAUAUAGCCAAAUCAGCGGGGGCUUUUGACGAAACUGCAUUGUUCCGGGGCAACGAUGCUAAGAUACUAAAGGAGGAGUUUAAAGACCAUUUCCGCAACGUGUCUCUAAUCAUGGAUUGCGUCGGAUGUGACAAGUGUAGGCUUUGGGGGAAGAUUCAGGUGACAGGCAUUGCUGCUGCUCUGAAGAUUCUCUUCGAAAUGGAUGAGAAUGCCCUUGACCCUCAGCUGAAUCGCAAUCUGCUCACGCGCUGGGAAGUGGUGGCUUUAAUCAAUACACUGCGUCUCUUCAGUGAAAGUCUGAAGAUAACAGAGGAUUUCCGUGCACUUUGGCAUGAGACACACGAUGCUGAGAGGAUAAUAUCUGAAGCAGAAACAGAAGCACUUAUCACUGCGAAAGUACGUACAUCAUGGGGUGCUCAUGUGUUGUUGGUUCUUAUCCCCAUAGGUAGGCAGGCCAAGCCUCAACUAUUCCUCGGCCGUCACCGGCAUCUCUGAUGCCUCCUCAACGGCCGGAAUAUCGUGUUCCGUCGUAUCG